CAGACACACAAAAACCCUAAUUCGCUGAGUUUCGUCUUAUCUCCCCAAUCUACAGCGGUGGCGUCUGCUUCACUGCUGCGACGAAUUGCUGGUUAUCGUCCCGGAGCUGCUGCUGCUGCUGCUGCUGCUUGUCAUCCUUUCCCAACUAUAUAUUGGGAAUUACGUCAUAGCUUUUGUGAACUAGCUUUGGGACAAAUGGCAGAAGAAACAGGAAAAAGCUUUGCACGCAGAGAUCGUCUUCUAGCAAUCGAGUCUCAGGUUCGGAAUUGGUGGCUGGAGGGUGAUGUGUUCCGAGCAGAACCCAAGGAUCAGCUGCCGAAGGAUGGCGAGAAGUUUUUUGGCAACUUUCCAUUCCCAUACAUGAAUGGGUAUCUACACUUAGGUCAUGCAUUUACCCUUUCAAAGCUCGAAUUCGCUGCAUCCUUCCACAGAUUGAGGGGAGCCAAUGUCCUAUUGCCAUUUGCUUUCCAUUGUACUGGAAUGCCGAUAAAGGCGUCAGCUGAUAAGCUUGCCAGGGAGAUCGAGAUGUUUGGAAAUCCACCUGUGUUUCCUGUUGUUAAAGAGGAAAGUGGCGAACCGGAGGAGAAACCCGAAUCUGAAGGUCAGGGGAAUCAGGCUCCACAAGGAGGUAAGUUCAAGGGUAAAAAAUCCAAGGCUGUUGCUAAGACUGGCAGUGUAAAGUAUCAGUGGGAGAUUAUGAGGAGUUACGGUUUGUCUGAUGAGGAGAUAGCCAAGUUCACUAACCCUUAUCAUUGGCUGACAUUUUUUCCACCUCUGGCUGUGGAGGAUCUGAAAGCCUUUGGGUUAGGAUGUGACUGGAGGCGUUCGUUCAUUACCACUGACAUGAAUCCAUAUUAUGAUUCGUUUGUCAGGUGGCAGGUUAGGAAGUUGAAAGAAUUGGGGAAGAUUGUAAAAGACUUGAGAUAUGCUAUAUAUUCUCCGUUGGAUGGUCAGCCCUGUGCAGAUCAUGAUCGAGCUUCGGGGGAAGGUGUUAUUCCCCAGGAAUACACUCUCAUUAAAAUGGAGGUUGUCUCACCUUUCCCGCCCAAGAUGAGUGCUCUGGAAGGAAAGAAGGUGUAUCUUGCUGCUGCAACAUUGAGACCAGAGACGAUGUACGGGCAGACAAAUUGUUGGGUGUUGCCAGAUGGUAAAUAUGGGGCCUUUGAAAUCAACGACACAGAUGUGUUUAUCUUGACGAAAAGGGCAGCUCUGAAUUUGGCUUAUCAGAAUCUAUCUCGUGUUCCUGAGAAGCCUACCUGUUUAGUUGAGUUGACUGGCCAGGAUCUCAUCGGUUUGCCUCUGAAAUCUCCGUUAGCAUUUAAUGAAGUUAUCUAUACACUGCCGAUGUUAUCAGUCCUCACUGACAAGGGUACUGGAAUUGUUACUAGUGUUCCGAGCGACUCUCCUGACGACUACAUGGCCCUUCAUGAUUUGAAAGCAAAGCCAGCAUUCAGAGCGAAAUAUGGAGUGAAGGAUGAAUGGGUUCUGCCAUUUGAGAUAAUACCCAUCAUCCAUCACCCCGAUUUUGGAGACAAGUCUGCAGAGAGAAUCUGUAUUGAGAAAAAAAUCAAAAGCCAGAAUGAGAGGGAGAAGCUGGAUGAGGCCAAGAAAAUUAUCUACAAGGGAGGUUUCUACGAGGGAACAUUGAUUGUUGGUGAGUUCUCCGGAAUGAAAGUUCAGGAGGCGAAGAGUAUGAUUAGGAGCAAGCUUCUUGAGUCCGAGCAAGCUGUUGUUUAUAGUGAGCCUGAAAAGAAGGUCAUGUCGCGAUCUGGGGAUGAGUGUGUCGUGGCUUUGACUGAUCAGUGGUACAUUACUUACGGAGAACAAGAGUGGAGGAAGGUUGCGGAGGAGUGCUUGGCCGGUAUGAAUCUCUUUUCUGACGAGACACGCCAUGGCUUUGAACACACGUUGAGCUGGUUGAACCAGUGGGCAUGCUCGCGUAAUUUUGGUCUGGGAACUCGAAUUCCAUGGGACGAGCAGUUUUUGGUCGAGUCACUGUCUGAUUCGACUCUAUAUAUGGCGUAUUACACUGUCGCUCAUAUGCUGCAGCUGGGGGACAUGUAUGGACGUGAUAGGUCGUCCGUGAAGCCAGAACAGUUAACUGAUGAGGUUUGGGAUUUCAUAUUUGUCGACGGCCCAUAUCCUAAAUCCUCUGGAAUACCUUCAGCUCUUCUUAAUAAGAUGAAGAAAGAGUUCGAGUAUUGGUAUCCAUUUGACGUAAGAGUGUCUGGGAAGGAUCUCAUUCAGAACCAUUUAACGUUCUGUAUAUAUAAUCACACAGCGCUCGUGCCCCGACAUCAUUGGCCGAAGGGAUUCAGAUGCAAUGGUCACCUUAUGCUGAAUUCCGAGAAAAUGUCAAAGUCGACAGGGAAUUUCAGGACUCUUCGGGAAGCAAUCGAAGAGUUUUCAGCUGAUGCCACGAGGUUCUCGCUUGCAGAUGCGGGUGAUGGCAUGGAUGAUGCUAACUUCGUCUUUGAAACAGCGAAUGCCGCUAUCUUACGGCUUACAAAAGAGAUUUCAUGGAUGGAGGAGGUUCUUGCCGCUGAAUCUACUUUGAGAAACACUCCACCUUCAACCUACGCAGAUCGCGUCUUUGCAAAUGAAAUGAACAUAGCAGUAAAAAUGUCGGAGAAGCACUACAGCGAGUUCAUGUUCCGGGAGGCUUUAAAAACUGGCUUCUACGAUCUUCAGGCCGCAAGGGACGAGUACAGGCUCUCGUGCGGUGCAUCAGGAAUGAACCGUAAUUUAUUGUGGCGAUUCAUGGAUGUUCAGACACGUCUCCUCGCUCCAAUUUGCCCUCAUUACGCAGAAUACGUCUGGAAGGAGCUUUUGAAGAAGGAUGGAUAUGUCGUAAAAGCUGGAUGGCCUCUAGCCGAUUCGCCAGACCUAACCCUUAAGAAGGCUAAUACAUACCUGCAAGAUACGAUUGUCUCGAUGAGGAAGCUUUUGCAGAAGCAGGUUUCGGGUUCGAAGAAAGGCAAAGUGAACACACAAAACAUUCAGAACAAACCCACCACUGGCUUAAUAUUUGUGAACGAGCAAUACGACGGGUGGAAGAAAGAAUGCCUCAACAUACUCCAGAAGAAAUUUGACGCUUCGUCGUGCACGUUCGCGCCCGACCAAGAGAUCCUUGCCGAGUUGCAGAAAAGCGAUAUUGGUCAGGCGAGCAACUUUAAACAAAUACAGAAGCUCUGUAUGCCGUUCUUAAGAUUCAAGAAGGACGAAGUCAAGGCUGUCGGCGUUCAUGCUUUAGACCUGAAGCUGCCUUUCGGUGAAAUCGAUGUUCUUAUAGAGAAUUCGGAACUGAUUAAGCGACAGUUGGGACUUGAACAUUUGGAAAUCUUGUCUGCAACAGAUCCUAAUGCCGUUGCUCGUGCAGGGGGCCAUGCGUCCGUGUUGAAUUCAACCCCGCCUUCUCCGGGAAACCCGACUGCAAUCUUUUCGAGCUGAUAUAAUCUGUUGGAGGUAGCAAGCUUAUCCCUUUAAAUUAUCAUAUGCUGACUAUUUAUCUUAUACAUACUACGCAUCGGUUUUGAUUUUGAUUUUGAUUUGGAAUAUUUUGUUGGAGUUGGAGUACAUGAUUGUGUUUUUGAGCUCUGUUUUGUGAUAUGUCUCUGUCUGUCUGUCUGUCUGUCUGUGCUUUAGAGGUGAUCUUAUAAUUCUUGUCCUCAAGUCAUGUUUAAUGUUGUCUGAUAGAUUAGAUAGACAGAUAAUUGGCAAUGAAUGCAUUUUUGGUUCAUUUAGAAGUAAGCAAUCCAGUUCAGCUGCAAUAAGUCGGGUUUGUUUCUUUUGCCAUCAAACUUCAGGUUUCUACUA